AUGGAGUCCUCCGAGACACGGUCCUGGACGACCAACCUAGACGGCAUCCCCGCCCUCCGCCUCACCACCACACCCACCCCCUCCCCAUCGACCCUUUCCCCCACACAAAUCCUCGUCAAGAUCCUCGCCGUCUCCCUCAACUACAAAGACGCCGAAAUCAUCUCCGGCCUCUUCAAGCACCACAAAUCCUCCGUCGCCCCACCGAAUCUAAUCCCCUGCGCCGACAGCGUCGGUAUCGUCGUCGCCACCGGCCGCCCAAGCACCCAAGGCCCCGAUGCCACAACAACAACAUCCCAGCCCUGGAAGCCCGGCGACCGCGUCCUCUCGCUCUCCUACCCCAAAUACCUCACCGGCCCCGCCCUCCCCACCUACCUCGCCGCCGGCGUCGGCAGCGCCACGCACGGCUGCCUGACGACGCACCGCGUCUUCUCUGCCGACGCCGUGCUCCCCUGCCCCCCGCACCUCAGCGCCAGCGAGGCCGCUUGCCUCCCCAUCGCCGGCACCACCGCGUGGAUGGGCCUGACAUGGUCGCUCCCCCUCGGCAUCCCUGCGGCCCCAUCCCAAAUCACCUCCCCACGCGCAGGCCAGACCCUGCUGGUGCAGGGCACGGGCGGCGUGUCCAUCUUCGGGCUCCUUCUCGGCAAGGCGAUGGGGAUGCGCGUGCUCGUGACGUCGUCGUCGGACGAUAAGCUGGCGCGGGCGCGCGCUUUGGGUGCCGAUGCCGGCAUCAACUACGCCGCCACGCCCGCAUGGGAUGAAGAGGUGCUGCGCCUGACGGAGGGGGAGGGCGCGGAUGUCAUUUUCGAGAAUGGCGGGGCGGGGAGCACGGACAAAUCGUUCCGGUGCGUUCGGUUUGGGGGCCAGAUUGCCGCUAUCGGGUAUGUGGGUGGGAAGGUGGACAGGCUGGCGGGUAAGGCCGAUGAUCAUGAGGAUCGGCUUAAUAUCAAUGUGCUGGCGCUGGCAAGGAAUGUGACGCUCAAAGGGUUGCUGAAUGGGCCGCGAGAUCGAAUGGAGGACAUGUUGGCGUUUGUGGCUGAGCAGAAGAUCAGACCGGUGGUGGAUCGGGUAUUUGCAUUCGAGGACGCGAGAGAGGCCUUGACUUACUUGUGGGAGGGGAAACAUUUUGGAAAGGUUGUGAUCAAGGUUGCCGACGAACAGAUGGAGAAUCUGGAUAGCAAAGGUGGUAUUGCCGGGCAUUGA